AAUGGAAAAUUCAAAAUCAGAAAUUCUUCAAUGGAUCAAUACUCUUCUAAAAGUAAUGAAUUCAAAAUAAGAUAGACAAAUUUUACUAAAAUAGAACAACUAGGCAAUGGUGUAGCUUACUGUAAACUACUUAACAUGAUUGAUCCAACUUGUUUGAAUUCUACUAAAAUUGUAUUAAAAACCAAAACCCAAAUUGAUCAUAUUAGUAAUCUAAAGCUUUUCUAAACAGCAAUGUAGAAACUUCAUAUGAAGAAAUAAUUUGAUAUAGACAAGGUAAGUAAGUGUUACUUCCAUGAAAAUUAUGAUCUAGCAUUAUUCUUAAAAAAAUAACAUACCCUGAGAUUCUCUGGCAUAAAUAAAGAAAACACAUCUAUCAAUAAUUCCAUUAUUUAUGAAAAUCAUCCUAAUAUUCUUGAAGAAUAAUAAAUUUCUAAUGAUAAUUUACUUACUUAAAUAGCAUAAAUAAUGUAGAGUAUAGAAUCAGCUGAAACUAAAGUGUUAUAAACUAUCAAUUUAUUAAAAACCCAUAAUUUUAUUAAAAAAAAUACUUAGUUCAUAGAAAAUAAAACUCUUUAUGACACAUCUAAUAACAUAUUUAAUAUAUUUAACAAUCAAAAUAUAUUUAAUACAGAUACUCUAUUCAAAACAGAUUCUAAGAAAUAAUAAUAAUAAGAAUAGAAAAAUAAUUUAUUAUGUGAAACUCCCGAAAUGCUACUUGAUCCUCAUCUUAAUAAUGAAGAUAUAUUUGAACAUCAAUCUUCAUCUAAAUUAAUUAUGAAAAUUUAAUCAUAAUCAAAACUAUAAUAGGAAAUUAAAAAAGAAACACCAAAUUUUUGUGAAUCACCAUUUAUAAAACAACCAUAAUAAAAUAGUCUGGCUGAUUUCAUUAAAUCAGAAAGUAAAUAAUAACAAUAAUACAUGCAACAAUACUCUUUAUAAAAAUAAUUGCAAAUGUAAAAUCAGAUUAAUACUAACCCACCCCAAGAAUAUCAAUCUCCAUUUCGAGACUAGAUUAUAUAAUUGUCUUCAUAAAAAGAGAUAUUCAAUUAGACUACAAAUCCUUAAGUGUUUUCUUCCUACUAAAAAGAAACAUCUUAAAAUAACUCUGUAUUCUAUUCAUGCAAAGAUCAAGGAGCAAUAAUUGAAGAAUGA